AUGACGAUGACGCGACAAUACCCUCCGCAACCGCAUUCUCCCGCCCCUCACCAUCUCUUCCGCCGCAAUCCGUCACAUGGUCUUUACAAUCCUCUUCCCAUUUCGCCCCGGACCAGCGCAACUUCCGACGCCUUUUCUGGAGAUCGACCAUUGCAGCAACCUCCAUCGCAAUACGCCCUUCCGCUGCAUCGAGCUGGCUCGUACCCGCGGCGCGAUUCGCCAGAGAAGAGUCAUGCCGCAAAAGUGGAGCAGUCGGAGCAUAUGCUGCGCCGCAAGACUCCAAACGGGAUCUUGGCCGCAGCGUAUGAUGGUACUUCAGUGGAGCAAACCGAGAAACCUCACGCCAUGAAGCACAUUCUUCUGCCUGUCACGACUGCCGGUGGCGGCGUGAAUCCAACGGCAAUCCCCUAUGGCAUGAAGCAAGAACUCCCUCUUCGGACACCAGGCGCAAUGCAUGGAGGAUCGGACACUCCGCUCCCGCUCCCGCAACCUCCACGUGGGGGCGAAGGUUACGAUUCCGGCCACCUGGGUUUCGAUCCUUCAAACAUGGCGUGGAAGAGGGGACAACCACCCUUUCCUCAGAUUGACUCCAUGUUAAACCAGCUCCCUCCUCACCAACAGUUACAGUACAUGCAGAUGGGCCAACAAUUGCCGGUUCAGCCGCCGUUCCAAACCCCGCUUGGCCCCACAGUAUCGAACGAACAGGGUCCGUACGGGCCUUACUGGCCCAAUGGCACAUUCGUGCCUUAUCGCCCAGCCGCAAUAAGGGAUCCGCGGUAUCAUUCCGCCGCAGCAUCUGCAUGGGGUCAACAACAGCCUGUUUUGGCCAACAAAAUUAAUGGCCAUUGGCCAUCCCACAACAAUCGCGCAUUUGGCGCGGGAUAUGCUGCACCAUCCCCGGGGACCAUGGGCUACAACGCUGGCGCUGUCCCCUUUGGUGCUACUCAAACAUAUGGCGCUUCUUCCGCACAAUCUUGGGGCCCAGAAACAACACCAUGGGGCCCUGUACACCGAAAUCUUCAUAACACUGGAUUAGAGCAGAAUGGCACAGGAUACCACACCGGAAUUGUUCCGGGGCAAUACGACCCUUCUUUUCACGGUCCACCAGCACCUUUUGUUUCUGGGGAAACUACGCCUAGAGGGGACCUAACACCUAUUGACGCGUCGUUUCAGGAUUUCGGACCGCAGUCUAACAACGCACAGCUUCGGGAAAAGGUCCUUGACUGGGCGCAUCAGAUUUAUGUUGAUCUUCUGACUUAUCUUCAUCACGCUCGCAGGCAUGGCCAACACACAAGGCACGGCCAGAGUCAUUUACCGCACAUGUUCCCAAAACCUCCACGGCAGCCUGGAGCAGACUUCUCUUACGCGAAUCGUGACAACCACGGACUCCAGAGUGGUACUAAGAAGGUCGGACCUACGGAAAAUGGAGCCGAACGACAGCUCCAGCGACCCAGCGUCGGUCAUGCGCGCUCGAGUUCUCUGUGGAACGGCUCUCUGUCGGAGCGUCAUCGGCUGGAUCAUCAACGACGAUCUUCUUGGCACCAACAACCAGCUCCUGGUCCCACACAACAUGCUGGACAGUUAAGUGAAGGUUAUCGUCCUUUACCACGUGCUUCCGGGGCAGGUCCGGCGCCCAUGACAUUCCCACCAGAUUCUGCUCGGAUAGCGCUACAGACAAUCUCGAAAUGGUGUCGACAAAGCGGAUGGAAAUGGAUCGAUGGCAUGUUGGUUGGCGGUUGCCUCGCAUAUGCCCUUCAAGACUUUUCUGGUGCAUACGAGUGGUACUACAAAAUCCUUCAGUUGGAUAAGGACCAUGUCGAAGCUCUCUCGAACCUUGCAGCGGCUCUCCAUUCCCUCGGAAGGACAACUGAGGCCGAACGUAACUGGAUACACGCUAUCAGGUUACGGCCAAGUCAUUUUGAAGCUGUAGAGCACCUGGUGGGUCUGCUGUGCCAAAGCCAACGAGGCAGAGAAGCCGUCAGUAUUAUCGAAUAUGUGGAACACUCGCUGCAAUAUCGCCCUGCAAUUCCCGAAGCAGCCAAUGGCGAUCGCGGGAGCGAAGCCUCAAGUUCUACGGGGCGAUCUCCACUUUCCGAGGUUUCGGACUGGCCAGUGUGGGAGCAAGAUGCCGAAGCCGAAAACAUGCCCCAAGAGCUCAAGGAUUUCCUGCGUCAUGAUGUACCCGGAUUCGGUUCGAGCGGUUACGCAAUCCCAGGAUCCGAGAAUGGUCGCAUACUCUCGUUAGUGCACGCCAAAGGCAAUAUGCUGUAUGCUCUCGGUGACAACACCAGAGCGGCCAAGGCCUUCGAGGAUGCGGUAAUGAUCAGUGUUGGCCGACAAGUUAAGGACAUCGGAGCACUUAUCAGGCGCAUCUUGAGGGUUGUCGACGAGGAUGAGUUCGGCACUGCUGAAACUGGAGCACACGACGAGUACUCCCCUACGCCGAUUCUCCUUCCGCCUGCCGCAGCUUUGAAAACAGCAAGUCUCUGCUUCCCUAACUACGGCGAGCUACCAGGCCUCAAGUACAUCUUGAACAAGGGCAUGUCUCGUAAAGCGGCGAUUGCGACAACGAGCAACUCGCUUCUGUCUCUGGCCAAAAUUUUUCAGGAUGGUAUGGCAUCUGGUCAGCCAAAAACUCCUUCCGCAGCGAGUUUCGGAGUGCGCCAGAUUCUUGCUCUUUACUACCUUUCUUUGUCUCUCCAGCCUAGCCCAUCUACCGCCAACAAUGUCGGUAUUCUUCUGGCGAGCGUCCAGCAGACGCGGGCACCGAAAAUGCCUUACACGGACACGGAAUUGCCAAAGAUACCUGGAGUCGUACCUGGCAGCGGCAUAGCGCUUGCUCUUUCGUAUUACAAUUAUGGCCUCAACCUUGACCGCAACCACGCACACCUUUACACCAACUUGGGGAGCCUUCUCAAGGACCUCGGUCAGCUCAGGUCUGCGAUCAGCAUGUAUGAGCAGGCUGUCAAUUGUGAUCCCAACUUUGACAUUGCCCUUGCCAACCUGGCCAACGCCGUCAAGGACGAUUCUAGGAUUGCCGACGCCAUCAUCUACUACAGGCGCGCCGUCAGCGCCAACCCUGAUUUUGCGGAGGCGAUAUGUGGCCUCGCCAAUGCGCUGAACUCUGUCUGCUCAUGGACUGGCAGGGGCGGCAUUGCUGCAGAUGGGGGCAGACGUGAUCGCUGGCACGUUGACGACAAAGGCAUGCUUCUUGAUGCUCGCAUGCCUGGCGCUGUUAGCACGGGCUGGAUCAAGCGCGUCGUCGAUCUGGUGGAGAAGCAACUCGCCAAUGGUGAAGACUGGGGCCGUGGCGCCAUGACCGGUCACUUCAUCGAGUCCGUUGUACAUCUGCCAAUCACCAGCCGUUCAUAUCCGAAUCCGCGCGAGUACAAGGAUGCCUUGAGAAAAACACUUCAACGUUGGUCGAGCCAGAAGUGGGAGGGUGCACGCGUCAUCCGUAUCGUCGAGCGUGCAACCAGACGGUUGGUCUGGCAGUGGUAUCAUGACAAAUACGUGGAACGCAGACAGCUUCAGCCGUCGGCUUACCGCAGACCACCGCUCCCCGAAAGUCUCGCUGUACCUCAAGCGCCUACCGUCCUCCCUUUUCAUACCUUCACCUGUCCGAUGUCCGCCAAGCAGAUCCGCAUGAUCUCCCAGAGGAAUGGUUUGCGGAUCUCGACAAUGACGUUGAAAAUGCCAUGGCUGCCCCGAACUGUCUAUCCGCCCCCAGCGCCUCCAGCCCCCUGCCUGAAGGUGGGCUAUGUUUCGUCUGAUUUCAACAACCAUCCUCUGGCCCACUUGAUGCAAUCUGUCUUUGGCCUGCAUGACGGGAAGAAGGUCAAGGCCUAUUGUUACGCCACAACUCAUAGUGACGGAUCUAUCCAUCGACACCAGAUUGAACGGGAGGCGCCUGUCUUCCACGACGCUCACAGUUGGUCUGCAGAGCGGUUGGUCAGGCAAAUAGUCGACGACGGCAUCCACAUCCUCAUCAACCUGAACGGUUACACUCGUGGCGCUCGUAACGAAGUGUUUGCUGCUCGCCCCGCCCCCAUCCAGAUGUCUUUCAUGGGAUUCGCUGGUACUCUAGGCGCCGAGUGGUGUGACUAUCUUCUCGCCGACGAAACAGCCGUGCCGCAUACGACGCUCAGAGAUAUGCGGAGGAAUGUGGAUUUAGGUGAUCUGCUGAUCGACGAAGACGCCCGCGAAGAUGGUGAGCGAUGGGUCUACAAUGAGAACAUCAUCUAUUGUAGAGAUACCUUCUUCUGCUGCGACCACAGGCAGAGUGCUCCGGACGCCAGAGGCAAAGAGAAUGAGUUGACAUGGGAAGGAGAGGAAGAGAGACGAUGGAAAAUGCGGAAAGAGAUCUUCCCAUCUCUGCCAGAUGACACGAUCAUCCUCGGUAACUUCAAUCAGUUGUACAAGAUCGAGCCGACGACUUUCCGCACCUGGCUCCGCGUUCUUUCCCGUAUCCCCAACGCCAUUCUUUGGCUUUUGCGCUUCCCAGACGCUGGCGAGGCCAACCUCCAGGCCACGGCACAUGCAUGGGCUGGCCACGACGUCGCCAAGCGCGUCAUUUUCACGGAUGUUGCUCCUAAAGGGAAACACAUUGAACGGGCCCGCGUCUGCGACCUGUUCCUCGACACGGCAGAGUGCAACGCGCAUACGACGGCGGCCGAUGUGCUGUGGUCCGGGACACCUCUUCUCACGUUACCGCGAUACGAGUACAAGAUGUGCAGCCGCAUGGCAGCAAGUAUCCUGAAGGGCGCGCUCCCCGACAACGAAGACGGCCGUCGUGCGGCAACGGAGCUUAUCGCGCGCGAUGAAGAGCAGUACGAAGAGUUUGCCAUCAGGUUGGCGCGUCAAUACAGGUACGAGGGCCACAGACCCACAGGCAGACUAGCAGAGUUGAGGAAGCUACUGUUCGAGUCGCGGUGGGACUCUGCUUUGUUCGACACCAAACGGUGGGUCCGAGACCUGGAAGAAGCGUACGAGACAGCGUGGCAACACUGGGUGAAGGGCGAAGGCGGAGACAUUUUCUUGCGGGGUAGCAGGAGCAAGUCAAUGAAGGCCGCGCUCCGCUGA